AUGCCUUCAUUUGCAGAUAGUUUCUGGUCAGACGAUUUUUUGUCUGGCCUAGAAAUCCUCUUUAAGCAAUUACGAGAUGGCUGCGAUCGGAGCGAUCAUUUUAUCCAGUUGUUUGCUUCACGAAUGCAGUUUGAAGUUUCCUAUGGUCGUCAAUUGUGUGGUAUCCAGAAAGGAGUUGAUAAUAAACAUACAGAGGCUGAUUUGGGAAUUUCAAGCGUUGAUGAUGCAUUAAUAAAGAUUGUUAAACAGACAGAAAUAGAAGGAGAUAGGCAUCUCAAUAUUGCAUCUAGCAUACAAUCGUUGGUAUUAGAACCGUUCAGCACAUGGUGUUGUGACCAUAGAGAAAGAAUUAAAUACUCAGAAGAUACAUUAUUAGAUAAUGUAAAAAACUUCCAGAAAUCUCAAAAGUAUGUGAAAAAACUGGAGAAAAUCUAUUACAACGCAUGUAAGAAACUAGAAACUUUUAAACGAAUCAACUUUAAUGAUGAAGAACUAAACCAUGCAAUGCAAAACUUAACGUUGCAGGAAAAUUAUGAAAAAGCUAUUGUUAAAGAAAAGGAGAACCAGAAAUUUGCCACUAUUGCAUCCCUUGAUUUUGAUGUGAAGUCCAUGAGACAGAUAAUUAAGGAGCUGCUAGUUACUUUACCUAAGAUCGAAUAUAGGCUUCCCUUGAUAAAUUAUGCAUUGACAAAUACAAAUAACGGUAACGAAAUCUCAAAAUUUCUUUUGGAAAAUCUUUCCUUGAAGGAUUUCGAUCAAGCCGAGGUUUUUGGACAGGAACUUUUGAACCUUGGCUUUCUGAAGUACUGUAAUGGAGUAGGAGCAACAUUCGUUAAUUCGAAAAAAUUCCAGUACCAGUGGAAGGAUUAUGCAUAUAGAUUUGCUCAAAUUCAGCAGGAUGACGAAAUACCUGCUGCUAACGGAGUCGAUUUAACAUCCUAUCAAACAUAUCUAACCUCUAAGGAUAUACUCUCAACAGAAAAACAGACCCCCCAAACAGAGUUAGCUGAAGGAAGUCCCAACAUUUCCGAGAAUGAAAAAAACCUCUUUCAGCUGGUUAAAGAAGCCGGAAAUUCUGAUAAGGAUUAUAAAAGAGAAUCAAUAAAAUUGGAUUCUUUGAGAUGCUCUUUGGAAGAAUUGAUAACUGAUCAUCUUGCAUUUAUGGAAAAGUGUGAACUUGAUAGACUUAAAGCUAUAAAAAAAGCGACUGUGGAUUUCUGUUCCACCAUUGGAAAUAAGAUUUCCGUGUUGAAACUAUGUGUUGAUGAAAUCAUGAAUACCUCCGAAGGUAUUGAUCCAACUAGCGACUUAUUGAACUUGAUAUCUGAAUACAGAACAGGGACGUUUCAACCUCACGCCAUAAUUUAUAAUAACUAUUAUAACCCAGGAAUUUUCCAAACUUUCGGUAUUGACUUAGAUACGAGAUGCAGGUUAGAUGGUAAGGUUGUCCCAAUUUUAAUUUCUGCAUUAUUAUCGAACAUGGACAAAGUAUAUCCUGAUUUACCGAAUGAUAAAGUAAGGACAUCCGUAUGGAUCUCACCAGUCAAGCUAAGCCUCACACAUCAAUUACGAACAAUUCUAAACAAAGGGAAUUUUAAAAGCGAAAGUGACAUAGAACAGGUUCUCAGUAACUCAGCAAUAGAUCCUGGUACUAUCACAAGCGUUUUAAAGAUAUAUCUCUUAGAGUUGCCUGACCCUCUGAUAACUAACAAUUUAAUAGAAGUUCUACGUCUUCUGUAUUCGGAAUAUCCUCCUAUCCCUAUCACCUAUAAUAGCGAAAAAGCAGAGGUUGAAUUACAACAACCUACCGAUGAGGAGGAGGAACAACAGUCAAAACGUAUUGUUGGUUUGUAUACCACCCUUUCUGGUUUAACAAAACCAUCGUUGGCAACCUUGGAUGCAUUAACUACCCACUUCUGUCGUCUGAUUCAAAUCAUCCAAAUGGGAGAAAAUGGCGCCCAAUUGGCAGGCACUUUUAAGAAUGAUAUAUCAAAAGAAUUUGCAAGUUGUAUUGUUCACUCUACAUUAUGUGACGGUAAUGAUUUAGGCUAUAAAAUCUUUCAUGAUCUGCUGACCUUCAAAAAAACCAUUUUUAGGCAUCUAAAGCGACAGGACAUUAAGGGAGGGAACACUCCCUCAUGA